GUUGGAUGCUGCCUGGAUUCAUUCAGACGUAGACGCUGCCGUCGUAUAGGACUUAUCAUCAUCCCGUCGUGGCGCCACAGAUUUCAGUUCGUAUCCGAUGCUGGGACCGUUCGGUCGUGUUUUCUGAAACCGCUUCCUCCCUCCGGUCUACGGUCGUGUAGUGUGUUGUGGCUGUGGAGUGUCUCUCAGGCACUCAGCUUCAGCUUUUUUUUUGUGCUGCCUACCCACAUUGCUGGUUUCACUGCCGCUAUCAACCGUGCUCCUCGUGCUGAUAUUCUAGUUAUUCCUCUUUUAUUUUGUUUCGUGCUGAUCCCUUUUCUUAUCAGUGAGCAUAUCUCGUCGCUUCGGGUGUUUGCGUGUACUGGCCGCCAGUCGUCCGUGUUUGCCGUUUGCAUUCCUUUAUCAGGAAACUUUUGUCCUUCUGUUCUUUUUUUUUUUUUGUUUCGGUCCGCGGCUUGUUUUUGCUGAAGCGGCUCAUCUGUUUUGUGUUUAGUGCGCGGAGCGGAGAAUAGAAGCGAACCAUUGUGCGAAAGUGUGUACUCGUUUAAGCCGUAGUACUAAAAGUGAAACAAUUAACUUGCCCAUUGUUCCUGAAUGGAGAUAGAAAUGGACAACCUACCCAGCAGUGAAUGGAAGCUGUGAUUUUGCGUCCCGCGUUAGUUCCGCAGACAAUAGUGGUUUAAGAAGGGAGAGUGGGAAUACCCAUCAUUCGUUCGUAUCAGACGGAACCAUAUCAACCAGUCAGCCAGUCAGUCAGUGAUUGGAAAUCCAACCGGGUCGUAGACAGAAAAGAUCGUUCAGUGCAAGCCGAACCGAGAUUCCGGCGAAGAAAUUACUACUGAAUCAAGUGGUUUUAUGAAUAAUGUGAAGCUAUAAAUCCCAUCAACGUGAUACGAUACGACCCUCCAGUACAGGUCUGUGUUCCUUCAUCAGCACCGUUUCGCUCCGUUACCCGCCAAAGAAAAGGAGUCUCUAUCAUCAGUGAAAAUUUAAUCCCUCCUGAUGGAGUAGUGAGAGUCUGUGAGAGUAAACCCAACCAAAGAACAAACCUUUCCACCGAAAAAAAAACAUCACAUUGUAACUAGAAAUCCUUCGCAAUGUCAUCGUACGGCGGGCUAUUCUCGGUGCCCACGACAACGACGACGACGAAGGCCGCCCGCAGACUGCCACUUCAGCAACGACGAAACAGCAAAGGACUUUCCAUUAAUCCUUCGUCCUGCAGCCGCCCGCGCAUUGCCAUGGCGAUCCCGCUUGGUCUUUUGUCUGUGCUGUUUCUAAUCAGUGAACCCUUCAUCUGCCACGGUUUGGAGCUGAAUCAAACGCUAAUUACGCGGAAACAUCAGCAGCACCAGCAUCCUCAUCGGCACGGGGCCUACUCGAUAGACGAGCUGCUGGCGACCAAGUUUCCGACCAGAAUCUCCAACGAUAUCGACAUGGAUCCAUGCAAGUCAAGUGGAUUCAUGGGAGACAUCGCACUGCCAAACGUAGAUUACGAAACCGAAUGGCAAAAGCAAAGACUGAACAAAACCUUCCAACAAGAGCUGGAAAAACUCAAACAAGAAGUCUACCACGAGGGCCUCCAGGUGGAGGAGGAAGGCCUGACCGACAUAAUCCGAAAGAAAACCAAACAACUGUCCCCUGACCUGAACCAGCCGAGCAAAAGUCUGAACGAAGCAACAGUCUACAUUUCAGGCUCGCAGGCUGUCGAUCAUAAAUCACUUAACCAAAUAUCACAUAACGACCGAGACAAUGCCAUAAUUGACAGCUACAGCAAUGGCGAAUCGCAGAUAAAAGCGACAAUCAUCGAUAACAACGAUAACAUCAUCCUCCGGAACACGACCGGCACCGACAUCCAUCAAGUGGGUCCUCAAGAGGGCAACUCAGCUUCGACAUCGAAUGGUUCCGACAGCUCAACCAUCAUCAAGAAGAAGAAAAAUACCAAAGCAGCGGAUGUUCGCAACAUUGACCAUAACCGCAUCCAGUCCGACACAAAGGACAUCGUUAUCGACGAUGCGAGCGAUAACAUAAUCAGCAAUAAUCAUGCGAGCAGAAAGACGAUGGCAUCGAGAACACUUUUGACGCCACCCCCAACUCCCACGCCUAAACCGGCCCGGACGACCCAAGCCAAUCGCUUCAGUAAUUCCGGUGGCAACGGGAGAACGCUGGAAGAUGUUCAGGUCCUGAACGGAGAUGGAACCAUAACCGCCCACAAACGACACCACAGAAGGCGUCGGCAGGGAAACGGGCGGAAGAACAACGGUACGAACCCCGACGAAACAACAGUACAAAUCGACGGUAAACAGAAGAAAAAACCCCUCGAUGCAAAUUCCGACACGUACAAAGCUCGCCUGGAGCGGCUGAAGACCGACCUGGGCAACCCAACCCUCUCCGUAAACGAUCUCAAUCUGAAACGGUCCAAGAGCAAACCCAAGCCCUUUGCCGGCGGCAAAAAAGCACCCAAAGACAAGCAACCCGCAGGGAACAAAAACAAGGAGUCACGUGCGUUGCCAUCAAAGGUUAAACAAAUCGGGGGAAAACCACCCGGCAACGGUGGCGCCCAACGGCACACGCCGUCGUCGUCGACCCGUAUCCUAGACGACAUCAUUAUCGAGGAAAAAGUUCAAGGGGCAGCAGCAGCAGCGACGGUGGGGGCAGGGGAUGACCUGAUAAGAGACAAGAAAGGGAAUGUGGUUAAGUCGUCUUUUCUGGAGGCUCACCUGGCUACCGAGCAACGGCAGUUACCUGUUGAUGGUGCAAGGAGUUCACGGGCUGCAACGGCAUCGCACCACCGGGCAACGCGUGCAGCGACGGCCAAAAAGGAACGCAUCUGGGAUUUCGGAGUAAUUCCGUAUGAAAUCGAUGGAAACUUUAGUGGACUGCACAAGGCGCUAUUUAAACAGGCUAUGCGCCACUGGGAGAACUAUACGUGCAUCAAGUUUGUCGAACGCAAUCCAAUCGACCAUCCGAACUACAUCGUGUUUACCGAGCGGCAGUGCGGCUGUUGCUCGUUCGUGGGAAAGCGUGGCAAUGGACCGCAGGCCAUUUCGAUUGGGAAAAACUGCGACAAGUUCGGCAUCGUCGUCCACGAGCUGGGACAUGUGGUUGGCUUCUGGCAUGAGCACACCCGGCCCGACCGUGAGAACCACGUCGUCAUCGAGAAGAACAACAUCAUGGUCGGUCAGGAGUACAACUUCAACAAGUUAACCGAAGACGAGGUGAACUCGCUGGGACUCCCGUACGACUACGAUUCCAUCAUGCACUACGCCCGGAAUACGUUUUCGAAGGGAACCUACCUGGAUACGAUUUUCCCGAUUGAAAUUCCCUCCCGAAAACGGCCAGAAAUCGGCCAGCGGUUGCGACUCAGCGAGGGGGACAUCGCCCAGGCGAACCUGCUCUACAAAUGUGCCAAAUGCGGUCGCACGUUCCAGGAAAAUUCAGCCUCCUUCACGUCGCCCAGCUACUACUCGCUGGUACCACCGAGCGAACCGGAAAGAUGCGAAUGGCGUAUAACGGCCACGCACGGUGAACGAAUCGUGCUGAACAUCACCGAUCUGGAUAUCUUCAAGUCGAACAACUGCCGCUCGGAUUAUCUGGAAAUUCGCGACGGCUACUGGCACAAGUCACCUAUUCUGGGUAAAUUCUGCGGCUCUGGCAAGGUGAACGAUCUGAUCAAAUCAACGGGCAGCCGAAUGCUGCUCACCUACACCACUACGUUCCGGCAGAUCAACAUGAGAGGAUUCGCCGCCAGCUACGAGGCGGUCUGCGGUGGCAGUGUCAAUUUGGAAAGCGGUGGCCGACUGGAAUCGCCCAACUAUCCGAUGGACUACCUGCCCAACAAGGAGUGCAUUUGGAAAAUCACCGUGCCGAAAGACUACCAAGUGGCACUCAAGUUUCAAUCGUUCGAGGUGGAAAAUCACGACAACUGCGUGUACGACUACGUGGAGGUGCGGGACGGCGAGUCGGCCGAUUCUCGCAUCAUUGGAGUGUUUUGCGGCUACAAAAUUCCACCGGAUAUGAGAUCAUCCACCAACAAAAUGUUUGUGAAGUUUGUGUCGGACGGUUCGGUGCAGAAGGCCGGCUUUUCGGCCACGUUCAUGAAGGAAGUGGACGAGUGCGAACGAAUGGACCAUGGUUGCGAGCAUGAGUGCAUAAACACGCUGGGUGGAUACGAGUGCGCUUGCUACAUCGGAUAUGAACUGCACAGCGAUAAGAAAUCAUGUGAAAAUGCAUGCGGCGGAACCUUGAAACAAACCAACGGAUCCAUUCUAUCGCCAUCUUUCCCAAACGAGUACCCAAUUCUGAAAGAGUGCGUGUGGGAAAUCAUCGCUCCACCACAGCACAAGAUCACUCUCAAUUUCACCCACUUUGAACUGGAAGGCAACACCUUCUAUCAGGCAUCGGAAUGCGAGUACGACUCCGUGGCGGUUUAUUCCAAGGUUAACGAAGAUUCCCUAAAACGGCAUGGGGUUUAUUGUGGCAACAAAAUACCACCCACGAUCACAUCCGAGGGCAACACUCUGCGAGUGGAGUUCAAAUCGGACAAAACGAUCCAGAAGUCUGGAUUCGCUGCCAUCUACUCCACGGACGUGGACGAAUGCGCCGUCAAUAAUGGCGGGUGCCAACACGAGUGCAAGAACACGUUGGGCUCGUACGUUUGUUCGUGCCACAACGGUUACACCUUGCAGGACAACGGUCACGACUGCAAGGAAGGCGGAUGCAAGUACGAAGUCUCCUCACCAAAUGGACAAAUCUUCAGCCCCAACUAUCCGGACUAUUACCCACCGAAAAAGGACUGCGUGUGGCACUUUACGACUACGCCAGGUCACCGAAUUCGGUUGGUGUUCAACGUGUUCGAUAUCGAGCCUCACCAAGAAUGUGCCUACGAUCACAUCGUCAUCUACGACGGCGAUUCACCAGAAAGCUACGCUUUGGGACGAUUCUGCGGAGCGAAGUUACCGCACCCACUGUCGUCGACGUCCAACGAAAUGUACAUGGCCUUCAACACGGAUUCCAGCGUCCAGCGGAAGGGUUUCUUCGCCAGCCACUCUACGGCCUGCGGUGGCCACCUGACAGCUACGAACAAAGUGAAACACAUCUACUCGCACGCCAAGUUUGGCAUGGGAAUGUACGACAAUGGCGCCGACUGCGAGUGGUCCAUCGAGGCGGACCUCAAUAAGAACGUUCAGCUGAAGUUCCUGAUGUUCGACGUCGAGGAGGAACGUCAGUGUUCGUACGACUACGUGGAGGUGUACGGGGGUCUGGACGACUCCAGCGGGCCACUGCACGGGAAGUACUGCGGCAAUAGCAACCCACCGGAGAUCAUUUCAAUGAACCAAGCCUUGUUGGUACGAUUCCGAUCGGACGAUACGGUCGGUUUCAAGGGUUUCUCUGCAUCGUACGUGGCGAUCAACCCUUUUGGGAAAGGCCAUUCGGAGGACGACGAAUUGGUGGACAGCGCCGAGAUAACGCCGUUUCCGGGCUCGCUCAAGAACACCGUCAUCAAGGCGGACGAAGACGUGGACGAGGACGAAGACGAAGACUACGAAAUUAUCGUCCACCAUCGGCAUCUGAACCCGAAGGUGCGGUACGCAGUGCGCAACGAGAUACGAUCGUCGCAAGCGAUUGACUGAAAUAUACGUAGACGCGUCGGUAACCGGCGCAAGGUAAAUGUGCGUGGGCAGCAACCCUCCUAGUCAGUGGCGGAAGCUGCGUACGCAAGGCUGUUAGUACACAGGAUCAAAUAUGUGACAAGGAAUAAACUGAAGAGCAAACAGCUGUUUGACAAUAAUGAAAUUUUGACCGAUCCCAAACAGAUGUUUGCACAUUGAUUUGUAUUUGGUCAAAUAUUUGAUCCUGUGAACUCAACAGCUCAACAGAUUGAACUGACUGUGAUGUCUGAUCGUUGUAGGCGGGGGUAUUUCGAAAUGUUUACAGUGUUUAUGUGCAAUCGCAUUGAGAGACAGUUUGAAAUGUCUUCGUCUACUCAUAGCUUGAGAGACACUCAAAAUCGAGGAAAUGAAAAACGGCUAGUUGAAUACGGCCAAGUUAAAUGGUAUCUGGUUAAACUUUCGACACCAUGAAAUCCUAUUUUAAUUUAGGCAACGAUCCUAACAUCUGGCAGAGUACAUCCGAUUUAUUUUUAACACGACUGUUAAUAAAAAGUUCUCUUUUUUCAUUGGAUUUGAGUGUUUGCUUUGUAAAAAAAAUCGUAUUAAAUUGCAAGAUUUUUCAAAAGUUGUACCACAAUUUUAUUACUUUGACCUGGACACUUUAGUUCGUAUAGUGGUUUUUUAACUGCCUUAUCGUAUGGCUGGCUAAUCAAUCCUCCUUUUUGGAUAUUUUUAAUGAUAUUUUCAAUCUAAAUCUGCACAGAUACAGGCUCCUGACAGAAUGUAAACCACCAUGUUGAUAUUCCAGUGAAUACCUAAGAAUCUAUCAUGCCAAAACGUUACAAAACAUUAUUGUAAGUCAGUCCUCAAGCCAAAUAAAAAAGACAAAUAAUUUAUCGUAAGUUUCUCAUCUCAUAUUAAGGGCAGCUACUUCCAUCUUUUUACUUUGGAAAUAUGUAGUCAUAUCCUUCGGUUGUAGACAAUGAACGCAUGAUGCCAAAUAUUCAGAAUACCGAGGUUAACCUAAUCACUGAAGCAACUUUCCAAACACUUGCACAUAGAUAUAUUUACAAUCAGAAUCGUUUUCUUGUUAAAUCUAACCCUAGGCUGCGUUGGUAAGUCUCAAUGAACGGAAAAUGAUUCGAAAAAAAAACUCGAUCCCCUCUAGAUUAAAUUCAUUAAUUAAGCGCAAAUCGGUUUAAGUAUUAAUCGCUCUCCUAUCGUAAGCAUUGACCAGUGAAUCUAAAGCUGCUACAUAGCUUCCUUUCAGUGUAAUAAAAAAUCACGCUCUGAAUGAUCACUAUCAAUUUUCCAUAUCGGGUACGAUAAACUAUGCUGUUACCUAUUGAAAGUUCAUAUCACUUCGUAUAACUGGUUGCAUGUUCUGUGAAAAUGAAUCAAGCUAAUCUGUAAAAUUCCCAUCUCUUCGAAUCGCCAAGAGUCAAACGCAAUGAAAGCAUCAAAUUUACUCUGUCGAUCCUAUUGAAGAUAGUCGAGAUCGAAAAGCAAAUUACGUCGACUAAUUCAUUGGGAAUCGAACUUGGAGUUGUUCAUUGUGUUCGAGCUAUAGUAGAAACAUUUAGUAUAUAGGGUAUCGCGCCACUUGGGCGGUGGCUUCUAUAUUCGUCUGUUUGCCACUAUAACUCAGUCAAUUUUGAAUCAAUUGACUUGAAAUGUUGUACACGGGUAGAUACUAUACCUUUCUCACUGCAUUCCAAUAAUCGUGUCAAUUGGUUCAAAUUUGACUGAGUUAUAGUGGCAAACAGACGAAUAUAGAAGCCACUGCCCAAGUGGCGCGAUUCCCUCCCAAUGCUAUAUAUUAGCGCAUGUUUCUGAAUUAUAUCAUAAAAAAAAAAUCAAACGAAACAUUUACAAUUGACGUAUCGAAUUGUUUGUUAAGGGUAGAAACUAUUAGUCGAUAAGUAUGGAAUCAAAACAAAACAAGAACAAAUAAUAACAAAUUCGUUCACAAACGUGUAUGUUCGAACAAUAAAUAUUUUGAGAAUAAAAAAGACAGAAAUAAAACAACAUAUAUUUAAAGAGCGUCGUAAGUGUGAUUCAAUAAAAUUAUUCAUCGAUAGAAACAGAAA